AUGACUGCUGUCUCUCGGUACGCCGACUUGCCACCUUCCACACCAGUGCUUCGCCGUUCGUUAAGACAUGCAGGUGCAAUGCCAGAACAGACUCCCAGCGACAGAGCUAACGCCACCAUCGGCGACAGUCCGCUACCACCAGCACCCGUCAGUCACUUUUUAGGAGAAGCCGAAUCCGAGUCGGAAGCACCGGCACCUCUGAUCAGUGCGUCUUCCCACGCUCACAGCAACAUCACACAUCCCCGCGCCAGAUCGUAUCGCAUCUCUUCUGAGGCGCAACGAGAGACACACUCAGAUCCAUACGACGAUUCGCCAGGCACAGGUCGGAGAGCCGUGCCCGCAUCAUCACAACGAGAUGAGCUGCAGCACUUGCGAGCAUCCAGCAUCUUUCGUGAAGUUCAGUCGCAGGAACCGCUCAGCCGGUCCUCACCAUUUGCGUCCGCAGCAGCUUUUCACCACGACGACUUGCGGUCCAAGAGCUCGCCACCAUUACGCGCGGCUAAGACGGCACUUUAUGGAUCGGCUUCGCCGCUUUAUGAUGGCGGAGAGCUGCGGAGCAGCGCAGCCUUGCCCUCCAGAAGACGCAGCAACGAAAAGACCGACGAGGAAGAGGAGAGAAAAGUGAGGUACGCCCCCCUCGACGAUCGCGCAUCUGUCAAGCGCGACACUCCAGACGAUGUGGUGUCGCGAACAGCUGCGGCCUCCAACGCUGCUGUUGCUUCGUCUAGCAUUCCGCCAUCCAGUGGGUAUCGCACUCCCGCUAUGGCCGGUCGCGCCCUCCGAUCCGGUGCGUCCGCUGCUCCCACUACGGCACAGCGCAGCGCAGCACGAAGCCUGCGCACCCUCACUCGCUCAUCCAACCGUCAUCCACCGGCAAGGAGGGUAGUGAGGAGAUAUUCCGAUGACGAGGACGAUGAUUUGGAAGAAGAAGGAGGCGCUGGUGCAAAUGGGGCCAACAAGAGCAGGGAUGAGGCGCAAAGUGCCAGUCCCGAGAAUGGUCACCACCAAGACGGCAGCUCCAACUCUGGUUCUGGCUCGGGUUCGGGCUACGGAUCCGGUGCUGGUGCUGGAUCGGGCUCAGCCGAAGCAGUCGAGAGACCGGAUCGUCGGUUCUUGCCGUAUGGCUAUGAUGCGGAGAAGGAAAAGAUCCGAGCGGAGAUGAUGGAGAGGGCAUCGUUGGUGCGGUCGCCAGGACCCGAAUUCAAGCCGUCCUCUCGCAACAAUGACAACAGCGCCGAAGCUCAAGAUCAAGACUACGACAUGCAGCCUCCACCACCUCGCCGAAACGAGGCCCACCCGUUUGCACGAAAGGCGGUGCUAGAGCAAGCCAACGGAUCCAUCCACCCGACCAAAGGCCAGGUCGAGGCCAUCCACAACUUCCUAGCUUCCAACAUUGCGGCCCCCGUCGACCCCAUGGCACAUCGUCGAACCAUUGCGCCGUCUGCCAACGACCUUCGAGCCGGCCAACGAGCCGCACCCAACCACCACCACCCCAGCAAUGGGGGCUUGCUCAAACCGGAGACGUCCAUGUCGUCCGCCGCUUCGAUCGCAUCAACGCAAGUGAGCCAUGAGAACGACGACGAGCCUGCUGAAGAGGAAGCUUGCCGCCUGUACUCCGAGAUUCGAGCUGAGGCUAUCUGGGCAGAAACGACACGACAGAUGCAAAAGCCGCUGAGCCAACAGGAUCGCUUCUUUAAGGAGAUCUCGGGGUCCACACGCUGCGUCCGACUGCCCGGCUUCCGAUUCCGCCGAAAGCAGUUGACGAAAGGUGGCUUCUCAACGGUGCACGUUCUUCGCGGACCGGUAUGCCAAAAGAUGCGAAACCCUGAGACGCAAAUGAUGGACGAGAUGGCGGUGCCUGAGGAGCAGCAGGCGUUUUUCGCGCUCAAGCAGGUCGACCUGAAACAGAUCGAGAGCGAGCAGGACAAGCUGGAUCUCAUCGCUGAAGCCAACCUGCUGCGGACGCUGUCGGACCUCGAAGGCAGUGAGAUGUACCUCUUGCGCUAUUUCGGUCAUCACGUCACUGUGGAUAAGAACAGCAACCCAGACAAGCUGCGCAUCCUCAUCGAACUCGGCGAAGGCGACUUUGGCACGCUUCUCGCCGAAAAGGCACCACUGCCACGCGAGGCCAUCGCGCACUACUUCCGCGAGAUGCUCGAAGCGGUGCACUUCAUCCACGAAGCCAACCUGGUCCAUGCCGACUUGAAACCGGCCAACUUCUUGAUGGUCGACAACCGCAUCAAGCUGAUCGAUUUCGGCAUCUCGAAAAAGAUCCCCAAGGGUACGGUGCACAUUUCGCGCGACGUCAUCAUCGGCACUCCUAACUACAUGGCACCGGAAGCGAUCAAGAUUGCGCGUGCCAAGGGUCGACGCGUGUACAAGGCGGGCAAGCCGAGCGACGUGUGGUCGCUGGGAUGCAUCUUGUACCAGAUGAUCUGGGGCCGACCGCCGUUCGACCGUAUUCCGGCGAAUAGGAAGUUAGAGGCAAUCGUCGAUCCGGAUCACGAGAUUUUGUGGAACCGAUUCAGAGACCCAAGGUAUCCGGACCGGAUGGAGGUGGACGACGAGCUGUUGGACUGCGUUCAGGCGGCGUUGAGGUACGGGUCGGAGGAGAGGGCGACGAUUCCACAGCUGCUAAGGCAUCCGUUCUUGCGCAAGUAUGCGGGCGAAGGCGAGAUAAUGGAUGAGGAGCCUGAGGGGGUGGUGGACCUUAACGAGGAGGUGACCAUCUCGAGGAAGACGCUGCGCAGCCUGAUUGCGAGGAUUAGGUCCUUGUCGUUGCAACAGGAGUUGACCGAGGAGAAUGUGAUUGAGAAGGCGGAUCUGCUCUUUACGAAUCUGCAGCAAGCACAGCAACAACAUCACCAGCAGCAGUAG